UUAAGAAGGAAAGAAGCUUCCAAACGUGCCUUAAUGGUUUUUCGUUUUUUUGAAAUCAAGCCGGGCUCUACUCUUUCCGACAAUAAUUUUCUUGUUUCGUUAGCCCCAUUCCGAUCACUCACCAUUUCGCAGAGACACAGAGACAGAGAGAGAAAGAGAGAGAGAGAGACUUUUAACCAUAAUCGCAUCUUCAUAUAUAGAAAGAGAAAGGGCAAAUUCGAGAGAGUGGAGAUAGAAGAGAGCGACUCAGAUUUCUAUUUCGCUUGAUAUUUUGAGCAAUUUGUCGGAAAAAAACCCUAAUUUUUUUUUUUUUUUGAAUUCUAAGAAUUAGGGCUUAUACACUGAAGGGAUCGAAGCUAAGAUCGAAGAGCGACUCAGAUUUCUAUUUCGCUUGAUGUCUUGAGCAAUUUGUUGAAAAAAAACCCUAAUUUUUUUUUUGAAUUCUAAGAAUUAGGGUUUAUACAGUGAAGGGAUCGAAGCUAAGAUCGAUAUUCUCAGGAGCAAAAGUGUUAUGCUUUUGCGUGAAUCGACGCUGAUUCAUACAUAUAUGUUCUAUAUCUGCACAUAUGGUGGGGUUUAACUCCGUAGUUGAAAUUGUGGGUUCUGAAAUGGAGGGUAGGAAAAUUACAGCCAGUCCUCGGCCUUCCUGUGGCCGCCGGGUCGUGGCCAAUAAACGGCCUCGCAGCAAUAGUGUUAAGAAAAUUCAGCGAAGGGAGAUUUGUUCGAAGCGUGAUCGUGCUUUUGGUAUGAGCGAUGCUCAAGAGAGAUUCAGAAACAUUCGGUUGCAGG